CUCGCUGCCCGUUUCUGUUUUCCUUGUUCUUUCUUGCAUUCUGCGUUUGCAACUCUAUCGUGAACUUUCCGCUUUUUCUACGGGACGGGGACAGGGACAAAGAGAAACUCUUCUUAGCUUUCUCAUCAUCGUUUACAGAUUGUACACCUGAGACAUCCUGAGGUCAUCGGCAUCCACGAUUAGCACAAUGGACGCUCCUACAAUUACACCAAAGUUCCUAUCCAAGGCCGACGAGCUGGGUCUGGUGGCUGUCGGUUUUAGUGGUGGACAAUGCAAACCAGGCACAGAUGCGGCCCCAAUGGCCCUCAUCGAGUCCGGCCUCAUCAACGACCUGCGCGACGAACUCAAAUAUGACGUGAAAUACGACAACAAAGUCCACGCCUACGGCGAUCUCAUGCCCUCCGAAGACCCCGAACACCGCCGCAUGAAAAACCCUCGAGCCGUGUCCGCCGUGACAAAGAAACUCAGCUCCCAAGUCUACGAGCACGCACGCGAAGGCCGCUUCGUGCUGACAUUGGGAGGAGACCACAGCAUCGCCAUCGGUACCAUCUCCGGCACCGCCAAAGCCGUCCGCGAGCGUCUAGGAAGAGACAUGGCAGUGAUUUGGGUCGACGCACACGCAGACAUCAACACGCCCGAAACGAGCGAUAGCGGAAACAUCCACGGCAUGCCCGUCUCAUUUCUCACAGGUCUCGCAACGGACACUGCCGAAAACCCUUUCGGUUGGAUCACAGAAGACCAACGCAUCAGCCCCGCGAAGCUCGUCUACAUUGGUCUUCGAGAUGUAGAUCGAGGGGAGAAGAAGAUUUUGAAGGAUAACAACAUCAAAGCUUUCUCGAUGCACGAUAUUGAUCGGCAUGGGAUCGGGAAGGUCAUGGAUAUGGCUUUGGGUUGGAUUGGACGGGAUACGCCGAUUCAUUUGUCGUUUGAUGUGGAUGCUUUGGAUCCUAUGUGGGCGCCUAGCACGGGGACGCCGGUGAGAGGAGGGUUGACGUUGAGAGAGGGAGAUUUUAUUGCGGAGUGUGUGCAUGAGACGGGGAGUUUGGUUGCGUUGGAUUUGGUCGAGGUCAAUCCGAAUUUGGAGGCGCAUGGUGUUAGUGAGACGGUGAGGGCGGGGGUGAGUAUUGUGAGGUGUGCGCUGGGAGAUACUUUGCUAUAGGGUGGUAGAGGUUCGGGAUAGAAUUAGAUGUAGAGUGAAGAUUUGCAUGCUCACGCAGCGCUGUUGUGGUGUUCCGUUCACAUGCUCGCGCGCUAGACGCCCGGAG